CGGAGCCGGGCGGGGAGGGAGGCGGCGACCGCCGGCGGCCAGGCCGCGAUGGCGACCAGGAAGGCGGGCUCGCGGCUGGAGACGGAGAUCGAGCGCUGCCGCUCCGAGAGCCAGUGGGAGCGGAUCCCCGAGCUGGCGAGGCAGCUGUCGGCCAAGCUCAUCGCCCACGAUGACAUGGCAGAGCUCCUCCUCGGGGAGGCCAAGCUGGAGCAGUACCUGAAGGAACACCCCCUGCGGCAGGGCGCCAGCCCCCGAGGCCCCCGGCCCCAGCUGACGGAGGUCCGCAAGCAUCUGACCGCCGCCCUGGACCGAGGGAACCUCAAGUCAGAAUUCCUUCAGGAGUCCAGUCUGGUCCUGGCCAAGCUGCACUACGUGGAAGGCGACUACGAAGGCGCGCUCAGCCUCUACGCCCGGGUGGGCCUGGAGGACUGGCCGCUGACGGGCGUGCCCCCCUACCGGCUGCGCAUGGCCGCCGACGCCUACGCCACCCAAGGACUUUGUUUAGAGAAGUUGCCUAUUUCUUCUUCUACCAGCAGUCUCCGCGUGGACCGGGAGCAGGACAUCAUCACCUGCUAUGAGAAGGCGGGGGAUAUUGCCCUCCUGUACCUUCAGGAGAUAGAAAGGGUAAUACUUUCUAAUAUUCAGAACAGAAGUCCCAAGCCUGGCCCUGCUCCCCACGAUCAAGAACUAGGUUUUUUCCUAGAAACGGGACUGCAGAGAGCCCAUGUCCUCUAUUUCAAAAAUGGGAAUCUGACAAGAGGAGUCGGGAGGUUCAGAGAGCUCCUCAGAGCGGUUGAAACGAGAACAACCCAAAACCUGCGAAUGACAAUAGCCAGGCAGCUGGCGGAGAUCUUGUUGCGGGGGAUGUGUGAGCAGAGCUACUGGAACCCUCUGGAGGACCCGCCAUGCCAGUCACCCCUGGACGAUCCUCUCCGGAAAGGAGCAAACACGAAAACCUACACCCUCACCCGGAAAGCCCGCGUCUACUCAGGAGAGAACAUUUUUUGUCCUCAAGAAAAUACUGAAGAAGCCCUGUUAUUACUGCUGAUUAGUGAAUCAAUGGCCAACCGGGACGCUGUGCUGAGCAGGAUACCUGAGCACAAGAGCGACCGUCUCAUCAGUUUACAGAGCGCAUCUGUGGUCUAUGAUUUACUGACCAUUGCUCUUGGAAGAAGAGGCCAGUAUGAGAUGCUGUCAGAGUGCUUGGAGAGAGCCAUGAAGUUCGCCUUCGAGGAGUUCCACCUCUGGUACCAGUUCGCUCUGUCUCUCAUGGCUGCCGGAAAAUCCGCGCGUGCCGUGAAGGUGCUGAAGGAGUGCAUCCGCCUGAGGCCGGACGACGCCACCAUCCCGCUGCUGGCCGCCAAGCUGUGCAUGGGCUCCCUGCACUGGUUGGAAGAUGCUGAGAAGUUUGCCAAAACGGUGGUUGAUGCAGGAGAGAAAACGUCAGAGUUCAAAGCCAAAGGCUACCUGGCCCUGGGGCUGACGUACAGUCUGCAGGCCACUGACGCUUCUCUGCGAGGGAUGCAGGAGGUCCUUCAGAGAAAGGCGCUUCUUGCGUUUCAGAGGGCCCACAGCCUGUCGCCCACAGACCACCAGGCCGCCUUCUACCUGGCCCUGCAGCUCGCCAUCUCCAGACAGAUCCCAGAGGCCCUGGGGUACGUCCGCCAAGCUCUUCAACUUCAAGGCGAUGAUGCCAACUCCCUGCACCUCCUCGCCCUCCUGCUGUCCGCGCAGAAGCAUUACCAUGAUGCUCUGAAUAUCAUCGACAUGGCCCUGAGUGAAUAUCCAGAAAAUUUUAUACUGCUGUUUUCCAAAGUGAAGCUGGAGUCCCUCUCCCGGGGCCCGGACGAGGCGCUCCUCACGUGUAAGCACAUGCUACAGAUCUGGAAAUCCUGCUACAACCUGACCAACCCCAGGCUCCAUCCACGCCACGUCAGUCGCGGCCUCCAGAGUGGAGCAGGCGCUGUCGGAAGUGGCCUCGUCCCUGCAGAGCAGCGCCCCCAAGCAGGGCCCCCUGCACCCCUGGAUGACGCUGGCGCAGAUCUGGCUGCACGCAGCGGAAGUCUACAUUGGCAUCGGGAAGCCCGCGGAGGCCACGGCCUGCACGCAGGAGGCUGCCAACCUCUUCCCCAUGUCCCACAACGUCCUCUACAUGCGCGGCCAGGUGGCGGAGCUCCGCGGGAACGUGGACGAGGCCCGGCGGUGGUACGAGGAGGCCUUGUCCAUCAGCCCCACCCACGUGAAGAGCAUGCAGCGUCUGGCCCUGAUCCUCCACCAGCUGGGCCGCUACAGUCUGGCCGAGAAGAUCCUGCGGGACGCGGUGCAGGUGAACUCCACAGCCCACGAGGUCUGGAACGGCCUGGGCGAGGUCCUGCAGGCUCAGGGCAACGACGCGGCGGCCACCGAGUGCUUCCUGACGGCCCUGGAGCUGGAGGCCAGCAGCCCCGCCGUGCCCUUCACGGUCAUCCCCCGCGCGCUCUGAGCGGCCCAGCCGUGCCCUUCUCGUCAUCCCGCGCGCGCCGCGCCCUCCCCGUCAUCCCCCGCGCGCUCAGAGCGGCCCCGCCGCGCCCUUCCCCGUCAUCCCCCGCGCCCUGCCCUUCCCCGUCAUCCCCCGCGCCCUGCCCUUCCCCGUCAUCCCCCGCGCCCUGCCCUUCCCCGUCAUCCCCCGCGCCCUGCCCUUCCCCGUCAUCCCCCGCGCGCUCAGAGCAGCCCCGGCCUCCCCGCCGCGCGAGGCCCCGGACGAGUGUGUGACCAGUCACCGCCCUCCAUGUGCAUUUCUGUUGCCGUUCCCGCCAGCCCGAUGAUAGUUCUCGAAUCUACUGACGUGGUUCAAAAUGGAUUACGUGCCAUAUUUUGUUAGUUGACAUCCGAGUUUUAAGUAACAUGAUUAUGGAAUUAAUCUGCAAAUGUAGAAGAAUAUAUUCAAAGUUAAAAUUCAGUGGCAGAGCAGAUUAUUUUUAUCAGAGCUGUAAAGAAAACUAUUCUCUCCCCCCCAUCUCCACUCCCGCUCUAUCCUUGGCCAAGAAACCAAAUGUGAAUUUUCUGUUUCCCACCUCAGUAACUAGUCCAAGCCAGGACACCAGCUGACAAUUUCUUGGUUUUGUUGUCAAUAAUUGUACCAUGUGAUAAAUUACUGUCCUCACUUAGAACAAAGCCUGAGUCCAAGAAUAUUUAUAUUUUGCCAAUAUAUGCCUGUUACAAGAGAAGGAAAUAUGAGUUAUUUAAGUUUAACUUUUUUAUGUGAAUUCAGAGUUUAUUUAUCGAUGGAAAUAUGUACAAAGAAGCUUCAAAUGGAAUAUUUACCGACAUUCCUUAUACAUUACAGACACUUGGCUAAAUGGAAAGAUGAUGUUAAUAAUAAAAUGAUUUUUAAAUGGA